AUGCCUGAUCGCCCACUAUUCCUGGCUCAGACAACUCAGUCGACCUCCUCCUCCGUCCCAAGCCUCUCUACUUCCACGACCACCUGCUCAGGGAACAGCGAUACAUCGAAGACUCCCCUUCACUCUUCGUCGUUGCCACACUUCUUCCACCGUCACAGCAGGGGAUCCAGCCUGGGCGGAACUACCUCUCCGCCAACUGCAAGCUCCCACCUAGAGCCACCAACCUCUCCCUCCCGAAGCCAUUUCUUCAGCUCAUUCUCUCACUCCCGAUCUCGUUCCCAGUCUCGGCCAAAAUCUCCUGCUCCAGCCCCAAUUGAUACUAGCACAUCUCAUCACCUAGCCCAUGGCGGCCAACAGACUACUUCGCCCACACAUAUGGUGAGCCCGGAGCUGAACACGCCAGACUCGGCUGCGGACGAAUGUCACAAGAAGAAGCGCCAUUCUCGCAAGAGCAGCAGCUCUAAUCACAAGAGACGCAGCAGCACCAUGACGCAAGUUGGCAGACAUGGAAAUGACUGGCUAUUCAAUGGUUUUAGCGUGAGGGACCAGGUUGGGAAGUUUCUAGAUCAUGACAAGUAA